CUGUAGAUAUCAUUAAUGGGAUUGGAAAUUUUAAGUGCCUUUGUGGACAGAUUAUCAACACGAUUUAAGUCCUAUGUAGCAAUGGUUAUUGUAGCUUUAAUAGACAGACUGGGAGAUGCCAAAGACAAAAUUCGUGAUGAAGCUCAGAUUCUGCUCUUGAAGUUAAUGGACCAAGUAGCACCACCGAUGCACAUUUGGGAACAGCUGGCUUCUGGUUUUAAGCACAAGAAUUUUCGAUCUCGAGAAGGCGUGUGUCUGUGUCUUAUUGAAACCUUAAACAUUUUUGGAGCUCAACCACUAGUCCUCAGCAAGUUGGUACCACAUUUGUGUAUCCUAUUUGGAGAUUCCAACAGUCAGGUGAGAGAUGCUGCAAUAUUGGCUAUAGUGGAGAUUUAUAGACAUGUGGGAGAGAAAGUAAGAAUGGACCUUUCUAAGAGAGGAAUUCCCCCUGCUAGAUUAGAAAUGAUAUUUGCCAAAUUUGAUGAAGUGCAAAAUUCAGGCGGUAUGAUUUUGAGUGUCUGCAAAGAUAAAAGCUUUGAUGAUGAAGAAUCAGUGGAUGGAAAUAGGCCAUCAUCAGCUGCUUCAGCCUUCAAGGUUCCUGCACCUAAAACAUCCGGAAAUCCUCCUAAAGUUGGAGCAGGUGCUUCUAAGGAAGGAGGUGCUGGAGCAGUUGAUGAAGAAGAUUUUAUAAAAGCCUUUACAGAUGUCCCUUCUAUUCAGAUCUAUUCUGGUCGAGAACUUGAAGAAACAUUAAAUAAAAUCAGGGAAAUUUUGUCAGAUGACAAACAUGACUGGGAUCAGCGUGCCAAUGCAAGCAUUUUUGUCUUCCUUUAUAGCCAUCUAUCAACAGUUUUGGGAAACAGAUUUGAUCAUGGCGCUGAGGCCAUUGUACCUACACUUUUUAAUCUCGUCCCCAAUAGUGCAAAAGUCAUGGCAACUUCCGGAUGUGCAGCAAUCAGGUUCAUCAUUCGGCAUACUCAUGUACCCAGACUUAUACCUUUAAUAACAAGCAAUUGCACAUCAAAAUCAGUUCCUGUGAGAAGGCGUUCAUUUGAAUUUUUAGAUUUAUUGUUACAGGAGUGGCAGACUCAUUCUUUGGAAAGACAUGCAGCCGUCUUGGUUGAAACUAUUAAAAAGGGAAUUCAUGAUGCUGAUGCUGAGGCCAGAGUGGAAGCAAGAAAGACAUAUAUGGGUCUUAGAAACCACUUUCCUGGUGAAGCUGAAACAUUGUAUAAUUCCCUUGAACCAUCUUAUCAGAAGAGUCUUCAAACGUACUUAAAGAGUUCUGGCAGUGUAGCAUCUCUUCCACAGUCUGACAGGUCUUCAUCUAGCUCACAAGAAAGUCUCAAUCGCCCCUUUUCUUCCAAAUGGUCUACAGCAAACCCAUCAACUGUGGCUGGAAGAGUAGCAGCAGGCAGCAGCAAAGCCGGUUCCCUUCCAGGAAGCCUGCAGCGUUCGAGAAGUGACAUCGAUGUGAAUGCUGCUGCUGGUGCCAAGGCACAUCAUGCUGCUGGGCAGGCUAUGCGGAGUGGGCGCUUGGGUGCAGGUGCCCUGAAUCCAGGUUCCUAUGCAUCACUAGAGGAUACUUCUGACAAGAUGGAUGGAACAGCAUCCGAAGAUGGUCGGGUGAGAGCGAAGCUUUCAGCACCACUUGCUGGCAUAGGAAAUGCCAAGACAGAUUCUAGAGGAAGAAGUCGAACAAAAAUGGUGUCUCAGUCACAGCCUGGCAGCCGGUCUGGAUCUCCAGGAAGAGUUCUGACCACAACAGCCCUCUCCACUGUGAGCUCUGGUGUUCAGAGAGUCCUGGUCAAUUCAGCCUCCGCACAGAAGAGAAGCAAGAUACCACGGAGCCAGGGCUGUAGCAGGGAGGCUAGUCCAUCUAGACUCUCAGUGGCCCGAAGCAGUCGUAUCCCUCGACCGAGUGUGAGCCAAGGCUGCAGCCGAGAGGCCAGUCGGGAGAGCAGCCGGGACACAAGUCCUGUCCGCUCUUUCCAGCCCCUCGCCUCCAGACACCAUUCCAGAUCUACUGGUGCCCUCUACGCCCCCGAUGUGUAUGGGGCCUCAGGUCCAGGAUAUGGGAUCAGCCAAUCAAGUCGACUGUCAGCUUCUGUCAGUGCCAUGCGAGUCCUGAACACAGGUUCUGAUGUGGAGGAGGCAGUAGCAGAUGCCUUGAAAAAACCUGCUCGAAGAAGAUAUGAGUCAUAUGGAAUGCAUUCAGAUGAUGAUGCCAACAGCGAUGCGUCUAGUGCUUGUUCAGAGCGCUCCUACAGUUCUCGAAAUGGUAGUAUUCCUACGUAUAUGAGGCAGACUGAAGAUGUGGCAGAAGUCCUCAAUAGGUGUGCUAGUUCCAACUGGUCAGAAAGGAAAGAAGGCCUUCUGGGUCUGCAGAACUUACUGAAAAAUCAGAGAACACUGAGUCGAGUUGAACUGAAAAGACUAUGUGAAAUUUUUACAAGAAUGUUUGCUGAUCCUCAUGGCAAGAGAGUAUUCAGCAUGUUUUUGGAGACUCUAGUGGACUUCAUACAAGUCCACAAAGAUGAUCUUCAAGAUUGGUUAUUUGUAUUGCUGACGCAACUACUAAAAAAAAUGGGUGCUGAUUUGCUUGGGUCUGUUCAGGCAAAAGUUCAGAAAGCCCUUGAUAUUACAAGAGAAUCUUUUCCAAAUGAUCUUCAGUUUAAUAUUCUAAUGAGAUUUACAGUUGAUCAGACUCAAACACCAAGCUUGAAGGUGAAGGUUGCUAUCCUUAAAUAUAUAGAAACUCUAGCCAAACAGAUGGAUCCAGGAGAUUUUGUAAAUUCCAGUGAAACUCGCUUGGCAGUCUCUCGGUUUAUCACUUGGACAACAGAACCCAAAAGUUCUGAAGUUCGGAAGGCAGCUCACUCAGUGCUGAUUUCCCUCUUUGAACUCAAUACGCCAGAGUUUACAAUGUUAUUAGGAGCUUUACCAAAAACUUUUCAGGAUGGUGCUACCAAGCUUCUUCAUAAUCACCUUCGAAACACUGGCAAUGGGACCCAGAGUUCCAUGGGGAGUCCUUUGACAAGACCAACACCACGUUCACCAGCCAACUGGUCCAGUCCUCUUACUUCUCCUACCAAUACAUCACAGAAUACUUUAUCUCCAAGUGCGUUUGAUUAUGACACAGAAAAUAUGAACUCUGAAGACAUUUAUAGCUCUCUUAGAGGUGUCACUGAAGCAAUUCAGAAUUUCAGCUUCCGUAGUCAAGAAGAUAUGAAUGAGCCAUUGAAAAGGGAUUCUAAAAAAGAUGACGGAGAUUCAAUGUGUGGUGGUCCUGGGAUGCCCGACACAAGAGCAGGAGGUGAUGCUACUGACUCGAGCCAAACAGCCCUUGACAAUAAAGCCUCAUUACUCCAUUCCAUGCCUGCUCACUCCUCUCCGCGCUCCCGAGAUUAUAAUCCGUACAACUAUUCAGACAGCAUCAGUCCCUUUAACAAGUCUGCUCUCAAGGAAGCUAUGUUUGAUGAUGAUGCCGACCAGUUUCCUGAUGAUCUUUCUCUAGACCAUUCUGACCUGGUUGCGGAGUUGUUGAAGGAGCUGUCGAACCAUAAUGAACGUGUAGAAGAGAGAAAAAUUGCCCUCUAUGAACUUAUGAAACUAACCCAGGAAGAAUCUUUUAGUGUUUGGGAUGAACACUUCAAAACAAUAUUACUUUUACUACUUGAAACCCUUGGGGAUAAAGAGCCUACAAUCAGGGCUUUGGCAUUAAAGGUUUUAAAAGAAAUCCUAAGGCAUCAACCAGCAAGAUUUAAAAACUAUGCAGAACUGACUGUCAUGAAAACAUUAGAAGCACAUAAAGAUCCUCAUAAGGAGGUGGUGAGAUCAGCUGAGGAAGCUGCAUCCGUGUUGGCCACUUCAAUCAGCCCAGAGCAGUGCAUCAAAGUGCUUUGUCCUAUCAUCCAAACUGCAGAUUACCCCAUUAAUCUUGCUGCAAUCAAAAUGCAAACAAAAGUGAUAGAGAGAGUAUCCAAGGAAACUCUUAAUCUGCUUUUACCAGAAAUUAUGCCAGGCCUAAUACAGGGUUAUGACAAUUCAGAGAGCAGUGUUCGGAAAGCUUGUGUCUUCUGCCUGGUGGCUGUUCAUGCGGUAAUUGGGGAUGAACUAAAACCACAUCUCAGUCAGCUUACUGGCAGUAAAAUGAAGCUACUGAAUCUUUACAUCAAACGUGCACAAACAGGCUCUGGAGGAGCUGAUCCCACUACUGAUGUCCCUGGGCAAAGUUAGUGAAGCCAGUGGAAGUGAACCAGGUCUCUCCAGGGAAGGACACAGGCCACCCUCAUCAAUGAAAGGAAAUUUUCAAAUGCAUCUUUUGGAGCUUACCAUUGUUUCCUAGUUUUAGUUUUCUGUUUUGUUUUGUAUUUUCUGUAACAGAGGACUAUCCUCAGUCUGCAUGUAACUUUUAUGAUAGUUAUCCCAAAUCCAAGAAGAAGCAGUAUUAACAACAGUUGAUCAAUAUAAAGUAAUUUUAAAUCUAACUCAUCAUUUCACUGUUUGUACUUCUUUGUCUUCCCCAUUAACCUUUGCCAGUGUUAUGGUUGUAUAAAUUUUUUUUAAUGCUGGUUAAACAGGAAUGCUUAAAGCUUUAAAAGUUGGACAGUCUAAAACAUUUUUUGCCUUUAUUCAAAUGCAGGAUAAUAUUUUUUAAUUGCUACCUUGAGUUUUGUUUCCUAUCAUGUCCUAUGCUAGUAAUAUUGAAAUGACGUGAAACACAGCAGGACUAAUUUGAGCUACAGCUGGACUCUGUUGGUGUGAUUGUGAUACAUGUCAUUAGCUAUAACUUCUUUGGGGUGGUCUGUAGUUUAAAACUAAGACCUCAAAGAGAAAUGUUACAGAAUCAGCCAGUUUUGUAAAACUGAUAUUGUUUGUUGGUUACUGAUCUUGCCAUCUUUAUUUAAAACCAUGUCCCCUCUAUGAUCCCUUAAGAAAGCUGCACCAAAUCAUCUGCCUGUUUUUUUUCUUAAUACUUAUUAAAAUGGAAGGUUUCAUUGCAGGGUUUUUGGUUUGUUUAUCUUUAUUGUGAAUGAUGCUUUUUUAUAUUUAUUAAUAUCAAAUUCACUUACGAAUAAACUUGAUAAUGGAAACAGACAAAAAUAAUCAAGUGCAUGUGUGUCCUUGACAGUCUUCUGUUUCUCAUUUAAUAAACAAACUAAUUAUUGAGACAUGGGAGUCGACCAGCACCUUUUGUUUAAAUGGUGGAACCUGGUUUCCUUUUACCAUGAAAUUGUCUUACUUGAAAACGUUGAUCCUGAUGAGAGAGAAGAUGGUGCCAAGGCUAUUACCUUGUAUAAUGGGCUCAAAUUCUCUACCUCUUCAGGGCUAAUACUUUUAAUUGAGCUGCUGCCUAUAGUGUCUUUUGGAAAACUAAAGGGUGAUUUUUCUGUUACGUUUUUAAGUCACCUUUGGCUACAUCUAUUCUUUUCAUGUGCAGCCAAUUUGCAAAAAUGACCAGUGUUGGCGAAAGGCAAAGUAGAUCAUUUGGAACCAGAAUACUAAUGAUUGCUCAUCUUGACUUUUUUUUAAAUCCUAACAAAGUGAAUUUGACUGGAAAGGCAAAUAGCUAUUAGGGAAGCAAUUUGCUGUUGUUACAGAGUUAUCUGAACUUACUUUGUUUAAUUGAACAAAAUGUAGAAAUGUAUGUAAAGAAUUUAAGAGUACUGAAUGGAUGAUUUGUCAUCGGCUUUUACCUUAGUUUCUGUUCUCACAGCAGGAAGUCUCUCUAUAUCUCCUCCCCUUUCCCUGUAACAAUUUUGUUUUCUACUGUUAAUUACAUUGUGUAUUUAUAGUUCUAUGCUUACUGUUGUGCAUAUACUGGCAAUAAAACUGUACAUAACAUUACUUGAAAAAAUUAACAAUAUA